UCGCUCCGCCUCCCGCAGCCCAGCCUCGGAAGCAACCAUGAGUUUGGAAGCGAUCCGCUACCGCAGGGGAUCCCUGCAGAUCCUCAACCAGCUCCUGCUGCCCCAGCAGAGCCUCUACGAGGAAAUCGGCAGCGUAGAGGACGGCUGGAGAGCCAUCCGCGCCAUGAAGGUGCGAGGUGCUCCAGCCAUCGCCAUUGUCGGCUGCCUGAGUCUGGCAGUGGAGCUGCACGCCAAAGGAACACAGAGCACAGUGGGCAGCCUUGAAAAUUUCGUGGCAGACUCGCUGCUACUUAGAGAGUGCCGUCCUACUGCUGUCAACAUGGCCCGGGCAGCUCAGGAGCUGGGCCACUUUGUUCGCCAGGAGGCCAAGCGCGAAGGGAGCACUGCCGAGAGUUUGCGAGAAAGCGUGAUCAGCUGGGCGGAAGCCAUGUUGGAUAAAGACCUGAAAGACAACAGAAGCAUCGGGGAGCAUGGGGCACACCACCUGCAGCACAUAGGGAAGGACAAGGUGACUGUCCUCACCCACUGCAACACGGGCUCACUGGCCACUGCUGGGUACGGCACUGCGCUUGGUGUCAUUCGCUCUCUGCAUGCCAUGGGUCAACUGGAGAAGGUCUACUGCACAGAGACGAGGCCGUACAAUCAGGGAGCCCGGCUGACUGCUUACGAGCUAAAGUAUGAGGAGAUCCCUGCAUGCCUCAUUACGGACAGCAUGGUGGCGGCACUCAUGAAGCAGCUCGUUGAUGCAGCUGUCAUCGUGGGAGCAGACAGGGUUGUUGCCAAUGGAGACACUGCAAACAAAAUCGGCACCUACCAGCUGGCUAUUGCUGCAAAGUACCAUGGGAUACCCUUCUAUGUGGCAGCACCCAGCACCUCAUGUGACCUGACCUUGGAACAUGGCGGGAAGAUCGUUAUUGAGGAGAGGCCAAGUGAAGAAGUGACGCACAUCAAUGGUGUGCGGGUUGCAGCACCAGGCAUUGACGUUUAACCAGCCUUCGAUGUCACCCCUCACGAGCUGAUAAGCGGUGGCAUUAUCACUGAAUUUGGUGUCUUUGCUCCCGCUGAACUUAAAGCAGGACUGACACAGGCAGCGAAGAAAGUCUGAACAUGGGCUGCUUUCUGGAUUUCUGGAGAAGAGAGUGACGAGGAUGAAUCAGCUGGAGAGAUCAGUAUUUGAGCUUGGUGGGAUAUAUUCCUAAUUCAGCUCU